ACAUCGACACACGGAAUGACUUCCUAAAACAGACGACUACAGCAUUGCGUGUCUAUUAAUUAUUCAAUGCACCUGAGCAAUGAGAAGUUACAAUUUCCAAUUCCACCUUUUCGUAAUCAUAACUUUUCUUCCAUUUCGUAACUCAUUUUGGUAAGAAUUUCCGUCUUUCGGAGCGAGAAUAUUUCUUUUCUGACGUGGUAAAUUCAAACAAGGGCUACCCAACAAUGUUCGGCUUCAUUCAUGAAUCUAUUCGACAAUUAAUGAUACGAACUUAUGGAGAAGCAUUCUGGUCAAAAGUUUUGGAACGAGCAGGAUUUGAGGCAGGAAAAGAAAACAUCAUUAAUCAUUAUUACUCCGAUGCGGACACAUUUUCUCUGGUGGAUGCUGUCAGUGUUAUUUUAAAAGUAACACGCGAGCAAGUAUGGGAGAUGUACGGAUGUUUUCUGAUCCAGUAUACAAUGGAAACCGGAUGGGAUGAUCUCAUCCGCUCUAUGAGCCCGAAUUUGAAAGGAUUUCUGGAUAACCUCGAUUCUCUUCACUAUUUCAUUGACCAUGUUGUCUACAAGGCCAACUUGCGUGGCCCAUCGUUCAGAUGCGAGGAUAAUCCUGAUGGAACUAUUACUCUGCAUUAUUACACCGGUCGUCCGGGGUUGUACCCAAUUGUGAAAGGUGUACUUCGUGAAGCAGCAAAAAGGGUUUUCAAGUUGGAUGUGUCUAUGACAAUUACAGGAAGAACUCAAAGAAGUGUCCAAAUGGCAACCGGUGAGCGUAUUGAAGAGCAUGUCAUAUUUCUGGUUAAGACCCUGAACACUGACCAAUCUAAUGAGGAGGCUCUUGGAACUGCGGUGGUUCAGCAUAGUAAUAACUAUAAAAUUCGUCUCACUCAUAUGGACUUCAUCUCAACUUUCCCGUAUCAUAUGGUUGUAGAUCAAGAUUGCAAAAUAGUCCAAGUUGGAAGAGAGCUCUACAACCAUAUUCCGAAGGAUCUUCUUUCAGUUGGAACACCGCUUAUGAGAAUUUUCGAAGUUACUCGCCCACAAAUUCCAUUGGAUUUUGAUAGUAUCUGUAAUUUUAUUAACGCAGUCUUUGUACUACAGGUAAAAACCACUCCCAUGGAAUUUCAACGUAAUGCAAACAAACGUGCUGCUCAAGCGAUCGAAGCUUCAGAAAACCUAUAUGAAGAUAACAACGGAGCGCUGGCUCUCAGUCAAAGUCAGCAUUUGAAGUUGAAAGGACAAAUGAUGUUAAUGUCAUCCGGGGGUCAUAUCAUGUACUUAUGCUCUCCAUAUGUCACAUCUAUUCCUGAAUUGUUGCAAUAUGGACUACGUUUGACUGCGAUGCCAAUCCAUGACCCGACUCGGGAUUUGAUUUUACUAAACCAGCAAAGAUUGUCGGACGUGGAAAUGAACUUGCAACUAGAAGCAAACAAUGAACAACUUGAAAACAUGGCUAAAGAUUUGGAAGUUGAAAAGGGAAAAACUGAUGCUUUGCUCCGAGAAAUGCUACCACCAUCGGUUGCUCAGCAAUUGAAGCAAGGGUUAAGCGUUGAAGCGCGAGAAUACGAAGAAGCCACAGUGAUGUUCACUGAUGUUCCCACCUUCCAACAGAUUGUUCCACUUUGUACACCCAAGGAUAUUGUUCAUUUGCUCAAUGAGCUAUUCACCAAAUUUGAUCGGUUGAUUGGAAUCCAAAAAGCAUAUAAAGUGGAAACAGUUGGUGACAGUUACAUGUCAGUCGGAGGAAUUCCUGACUUGGUCGAUGAUCAUUGUGAAGUGAUCUGCCAUUUGGCCCUCGGAAUGGUCAUGGAAGCUCGGACCGUUUGUGAUCCCAUAACCAACACCCCUCUUCAUAUUCGUGCAGGAAUUCAUUCGGGGCCAGUUGUAGCAGGUGUUGUUGGCGCGAAAAUGCCGAGAUACUGCUUGUUCGGUGAUACAGUGAAUACUUCCUCGAGAAUGGAGAGUCAUAGUCCAAUUGGACGAAUUCAUUGUUCGGAGAAUGCAAAGAAGUGCGCUGAAAGCACUGGGCGGUUUGAGUUUGAACCACGUGGCAGAGUACAGAUCAAGGGAAAGGGGGAGAUGAAUACCUACUUUUUGUUGCGUAGCUUCAAGAGAUCGAUUUGGGAGAUCAUCGACCGCAGAAGAGAUGAGAAUUGCAACAGUAUUGACGGAUACAACGAAUUGCGUGAAGGCUACGUUGAUGAUGUCCUUAACAAGGUUACUCAAAAGAAUUCCAAAACUUGCUCGAUUUCCUAAAUUUGAAGUGGUGUGAAACAAGAUUUAUGUAUUAUAUAAAACCUAUUGCACUUUAUUUAUGUUCUGAAUAAAAUAUUUUGUCGGAAAAUGAAAAU